AUGAAGAGGAAUAGUCGUCGGUAUAUGAAUAUUCCCGACUAUUUCUUAGGCAAGCCAUAUCACAAAGUUGUCUCUCGGGGUGAACAAAUCAAACCCAACCUUUUCUUUGUUCGGGACGAUGACGCCUGUGCCUUCGUCCGCCAUCCUCCCCGAGCUACUCCAACCGAGAAACCUGCUCGUGGUCACUGCGAAAUUCACAGCGAUCACUUACCUCCGGUCACACCAGUGACAAGCGGUUGCAACGACCAUUCUGAUAGACCUCCGACCCCGAGGCACACCUGUGGUCUAUGUUUCCGUAACAAGCCGGAAUCCGAGCACCCUCAACGAGCCAGGAAGACCAAAGGCUUGAAUCACAAGGACAAUCAGAAACAACCCGGUGCAACUAUUCCAGUAUCUCCAUGCCAAUGUGCUUCACAAUCUGCAGGAACAGCAGCAGCAUCUCCGCUAACUCACUGCCAUUAUUAUCCUCCGACUCCGAAUGUCCACGGAAUGACGUAUCACCAGGAACAUCACCAUCGCUUGUGUCACUUUCCGGCUUCGGCUCUGGCUCCAACUCCAGCGCCAGCUCCAGCUCCAGCAAUAGGCUGCUCGCAUUACCCAAUGGAAUUACCCAGAGCAGCCAGUCCCCAUACGAAGUGUACUUGCAAGCGACCUGCUCCGCCCCCUCGGACUGAGGCCAGGCCAAAUGGCUGUUGUUGUACAGACGAUGCUAAAUCCGAAAGCUUUUUUGAGUAUGCGCUGUCCGACGACUCGGCAUCUGAUUCUUCGGUGGGUGCUGUGAUUGAGGAUGCAGCCGAGACCGCGGAAUCUGGAUGCAAUUCAUGCCAUCACUAUCAGCUUGUGUACUGUUGUCGACACGGCGUUCUCUAUGGGACGCGAUGA